CGUAUCACGAGCCUAAAGGACUGGGGUGGCUGAAUAUGGACCCUGAGCGGAUCGAGGAGGAGCUCAGCCAGGUGGGCUAGAAUGCACCAUGGGCUGACCCGGCUAGUAUCGAGGAUUACUUGGGCCCGGACAUGACAGGGGGCCACUUGGGCCCGUACGUGACAGGGGGCCGAGCCGCGCUAGUUGGGCCGGGACAGGAGGGCCGGUUCGGCCCGGGUGGAUUUGAUCUGGGUCGAGGGGGCGGGUCAACCGGUCGGACCGACCAGGGGCUGACCGGCCCAGGUCGGGUGGGGGUGAACCAGGGCGAGUCGGGCCGGGUCGCAUGAUACCGGGUGAACCCGACUGGGCGGACCGGAAGUGGACAACCGGGGCUGGUUAGAUCGGCCAGUAUGGACCCAAACAUGUGGCACGGGUCAUAUGGUGGAGGGAACGAGACGGGUCCGAUGGGGCGAGGUUCUGCAGGCAGUUUUGGGCGAGGAAGAGGGAUACCGUUCUACCAGGACCAGCUAGGGGGUGCUUCUGGUUAUGACAGGUAUGGUUCAUAUCACCCUGCCUAUGAUGGGACUGAUGCGAUGGUCUUUAGAGCCAAGCCCCCGACCAUUGAGUUCCCAAAAUUCAAUGGUCAGGAGGAUGCCGGAUUGUGGUUGUAUGCAGCAGAGAGGUGGUUCAGAAAUCACCCCAUUCCGGAGGAGAGGAAGGCGCAUCUGGCGUCCUUCUACUUAGAGGGAGAGGCGUUGCAAUGGUGGGAGUGGAUGGAGAGGUACUAUGGGGCGGUGGGAACAUUGAUCACCUGGCCAUUGUUCCAGGAGGAGUUGCGUUACCAGUUCGGUAAAUCGGAGGGGUGGGCUCCAGAGCAGUUGGCCAAGCUGAAACAGACCGGCUCCGUUGCGGAUUACCGUGCAGAGUUCUUCAAAUUGGGCAAUCAAUGCCAUGGGGUCCCAGAGGAGACACUGGUGGGACUGUGGUACAAGGAGGAGGAGUUAGCGAGUUGGAGGAGCACCAUAGGCCGUUAUCCGCGGGCCAAUGGCGCCAGGAGCAAUAGCAGGGGCGGCAGUGGAGGAGGAGGAGCAGCUGGAGCCACUGCGGGAGCUGGGGGAGCGACGGUGGCGCAGGCGCCGGUGACCGCGGCGAAAGGUGGGCCGCGACCACCACCCAAGGGGUUUGUGCGACUAUCCCCUGCAGAGAUCGAGCAGAAGAGGUGGGAAGGGAAGUGCUUCAAUUGCGACGAGAGGUUCACAAUCGGUCACAAGUGUGCACGUCUGGACUUGAUGAUGCUGGUCGGAAGGUGGGAGGACGAGGCAGAGGAUGAGGCAAGAGAAGGGGAAGAAGCAGGAGAAGGCUACCAACCUUGAGGACAAGGUUGUUUUGAAGAGGAAGGGAAUGAUAGACGUUUUAAUUAUUUGGGUUUAUGUCGGUUGAAUUAUUCAGUUCGGGUUUAUUUUGGUUAUUGGGAAUAUUUUGGGGGAUUAAUAAGUUGGGGUAGUUAGUAGGUAAUUGUGUUUUGGGUAUUUAGACUAUUGUUUACGUAGGAAGAGGCAAGAAAAGAUUAAACCUAAAAACUAAUCUCCCUCUCUCUCUUUCUCCCUCUCUACGCCGAACCCCUCCCCUCUCCCUACCAAGCUGCCGAUCGGCAGCCUCUUCCCCUCCCUUCUCCUUGCUUCAACUCUCCCCAAAUCUCCCUUCCCCAAUUCUCAUAAUCCCCGG